AUGACAGGAGUAAAGACAGCUGAGCUCAUCUUCAUCUGUUUUUCACUGCUUCACGGUUUUGUUGCAGCAUUGAACUGUACCAGCCCGACUCCUGAAGCCUUGUUUGAUGCAUUUGAGAAGGAAUUAUUUCCUAGAAAACUACUGCGACCUGUCAAAAGCUUUUCAGAACCGCUGAACAUAACCCUUACUAUAACUGUGUUGGGAAUUUUAGGAGUGAAUGAAAAAGCCCAAUCUUUGACAAUAUUCCUAUGGCAAGUCCUGGAGUGGGAUAUAGCGGGACUCAGCUGGGAUGAGGAGGAAUGUGGAACUGCAAGAAUCUCUAUCCCUCGAGAAAAGCUUUGGGUCCCAGACGUCCAAAUCACAGAGUUCAUGGAUGAGGAUGUAUCUCCCCGCACUCCCUAUGUCUACUUGUACAACACUGGUCAUGUAUAUGAUGAUAAGCCGGUCAGAGUGGUCAGCACCUGCAGAUUAGUGAUCUACACUUUCCCCUUCGAUGUCCAAAAUUGCACCCUGACCUUUAACUCAUAUCUACACUUAAUUGGAGACAUACGAAUGUUUCCAGGCACCACAGUGGAGGAGAUCCUGGAGGAGUCCAAGCAAGUCCUACAGACCAAAGGGGAGUGGGAGCUAGUGGAUAUUAAAGCAGGUUCUACUACCGUGAUGUUACAAGAAGGAAGCUUCUCUGAUGUCACAUACUAUAUAAUUUUGAGACGUAGGCCAAUCCUCUACGUGGUGAACCUGCUGAUCCCCAGCUGCUUCCUCAUCACAUUGGACCUCUUCAGCUUCCUGCUGCCUCCCCACAGUGUGGACCGUUCUGCAUUCAAAAUGACCCUCAUCCUGGGCUACACCGUCUUCCUGCUUAUCAUGAACGAUCUGCUGCCUGUCACUGGAGGGUCAACACCUCUAAUGAACGUUUUCUUCUCCAUCAGUUUCGCUCUGAUGGUGGCCAGCCUGUUGGAGACAGUUUUUAUCACUAAUAUCCAGUUCAGCUCCAGCCAGUACAGUCCUGUGCCUCACUGGCUCAGAGUCCUCGUGCUACGAUAUCUAGCUGUUAUCGUUUGUCUUCCUCCAAUAAAGAAGAGCAACCGCAUCACAGUCUGCCUUCAGCAGCCUCCAAGGGGAAGCAUCGUCCCUUCGAAAGAUCUGCAGAACUUUUCUAGUAAUAUACCUCCAGAAAAGACCCCUCUGGACCCGGUCCUUGAUGAACUGAGGAAGCUGAACAGAGAUCUCACGGCCAUCCGCGGCCAGAUGGACAAACACUUCCAGGGAAGCAAAACCGAGCAGGAAUGGGAAAUGAUUGGGAUAGUUGUUGACCGUCUGCUGUUCGGCUUGUACAUUGCCUUUAUCUCUUUCUCUUUUAUCACUAUUGUAUUAAUCUGGGUCUUGAGUAACCUGGAUUUAAACAUAGCACAUGGAAUUCAAUAACACUUGUUAUAUUUCCUGGUUUCUCAGUAAUUUGGGUAGAAGAAUCAAAAUCUGACAUGUGGUGCAGGAGAAACAAAAUGAAAUGCAGAAAUUUGCAUCAUAAGUGCGGUUCAGUCUAGAGAUGCAUGUUGUGCUGUUUAGUUAGGCUUGUUGCUGUUUAUAGGUUUAG